CCUUUCGGCCGGUGCCGCCAUCUUGCAGUAAUCCCCCAAGAUGACGAACACAAAGGGAAAGAGGCGGGGUACCCGCUAUAUGUUCUCCAGGCCUUUCAGAAAGCAUGGGGUCGUUCCUUUGGCCACAUACAUGCGAAUCUACAAGAAAGGCGAUAUUGUGGACAUCAAGGGAAUGGGCACAGUUCAAAAAGGCAUGCCCCACAAAUGUUACCACGGCAAAACUGGAAGAGUUUACAAUGUGACCCAGCAUGCUGUCGGCAUUGUCGUGAACAAGCAAGUCAAGGGUAAGAUUCUUGCCAAGAGAAUUAAUGUGCGCAUCGAGCAUAUUAAGCACUCUAAGAGCCGAGACAGCUUCCUGAAGCGAGUGAAGGAAAAUGAUCAGAAAAAGAAGGAAGCCAAAGAGAAAGGGACGUGGGUUCAGCUAAAGCGCCAGCCUGCUCCCCCCAGAGAGGCGCACUUUGUGAGAACCAAUGGAAAGGAGCCUGAGCUGCUAGAACCGAUUCCCUAUGAAUUCAUGGCCUAACCGGAGUGAAAUAAA